CCCGACCCCCCGCCCGCCGCCGCCGCCAGCGCGGGGGGCGGCCGCGCCCGGGGCCCCCGGCCCGCCCCGCUCCGGCACGCGGGUCACGCAGGUUUAAGCUGCCUUAAAGGAGAAUUAAAAAUAGUGACUCCAAAGAACAAAAUAACACAGAAGAGAGAAAGCAGCGCUCAAAAAACCCCCAGAAAGGGGUAGCAGGUUUUUUCACACACAUGGGCACAGAAGAUUAUGAACAGUGAAGACAAUGAAGAGUGGGACAUCCAUCAAAGAGUAACAACCUCUCAUAAGGUGACUCGUGUGAGCUCAUGAGGCUCCUGUAAAGGCCAGACUCAGCUAGGAUGUUACACCACCACUGCAGGAGGAACCCUGAGCUACAGGAAGAGUUGCAGAUCCAGGCUGCUGUGGCUGCCGGCGAUGUUCACACCGUGCGCAAGAUGCUGGAGCAGGGAUAUUCUCCAAACGGUCGGGAUGCCAAUGGCUGGACUUUGCUUCAUUUCUCUGCAGCAAGAGGCAAGGAGAGAUGUGUCCGUGUUUUUCUGGAGCAUGGAGCUGAUCCCACAGUUAAGGACUUAAUUGGAGGCUUCACCGCUCUGCAUUACGCAGCCAUGCAUGGCCGGGCGAGGAUUGCACGCCUGAUGCUGGAAUCUGACUACAGAAGUGACAUUAUUAACGCCAAGAGCAACGACGGCUGGACUCCCCUGCACGUCGCUGCUCACUACGGCAGAGACUCCUUUGUCAGGCUCCUCCUGGAGUUCAAGGCUGAGGUUGAUCCGCUCAGUGAUAAAGGUACUACACCACUCCAGCUGGCCAUUAUCCGGGAGAGGUCGAGCUGUGUGAAAAUCCUCCUGGACCACAAUGCCAACAUCGACAUUCAGAAUGGUUUCCUGUUACGAUACGCUGUGAUCAAAAGCAAUCACUCGUACUGCCGAAUGUUCCUCCAGAGAGGGGCCGAUACAAACUUGGGGCGCUUGGAAGAUGGACAGACACCCUUACACUUGUCUGCUCUUAGAGAUGAUGUGCUUUGUGCACAAAUGUUGUAUAAUUACGGAGCAGACACUAACACAAGGAACUAUGAAGGACAGACCCCACUGGCUGUUUCAAUAAGUAUUUCUGGAAGUAGCCGACCCUGUCUGGAUUUCUUACAAGAAGUGACAAGACAGCCCAGAAACUUGCAAGAUCUAUGCCGAAUUAAAAUCCGUCAGUGUAUAGGCCUUCAAAACCUCAAACUACUUGAUGAACUACCCAUUGCCAAGGUCAUGAAAGACUACUUAAAACACAAAUUUGAUGAUAUCUGAUAUCCAUGAAGAGAGGAACUCUGAGCAAGUUUAGUUCUAUUCCAGUUACUGAAGAGGCUUGUUGCCUUGCAUUAAGUAUAUCCUAUGCAAAUUCUGAUUUUUCUGUGAAGUCAGAAGGCAGGUAUACACUUCCUUGGGUUUUUUAUACCACACGCUAGAAGGUCUUAAUUUUUGGUUUCUUGGUCCAAGUUUACAAGGUCCAAGCUUUCUAUACAAUAUUGCAUUUUAAAAACUGCUGUUGGUUUUCUGUUUGUUUUCACAUUAUGUGUGCAGACUUGCCGUGGAGAUGGAAGGCAGCCCCUCGAGGGAAGUGGUUGGUUUGAGUUGGCAUGCUGAGCAAUGAUGCAAGAACAUAAAAGUUUGGAAAUCAAGGCACCAGUCCUGCAAAAGGAUACAGAUAUACCUCCAGAGCCCCGUUUGUUAGGACCCCUGUCUCUGCCAGGUGUUUGUUUUUGCAGGACAGAAGGAAGAGUGGAUAAUCGACCUGUCCUCGGGUACUGUAUGAAUUUGGAAAUUGAGGAAAAAAAUGCAGUUACCCUGUUCAAUUUGAGGGUCUAUACAUUGGCUUUUUUGUAUUUUCCUUUUCCUAAUUACUGUAGUUGGGAUGCCCAGAAAAUCCAGGCCCUCUUUCCCAACGUUCCCUGUUGAAUGGGCUGUUUGUAAGUCUGUUUUUACCAGUGACAGUACACUACAGAGAGGCGUAGCCUCUGUAUUUUUUACAUUAAGAGGAAACAAAUUUAGAUUUUUUGAAGCCAGUGUAUUCUGUUGCUCAUACAGUGCCUCCUGUGCAAUAAUCUCUCUGAUGUAUUUUCCCUUGAUGUGUGAUUCCCCCCACUGUUCCUCAUUUAGGCUCAGUGCAUUAUUUGUGAGAGCAGGAGCUGCUGCGUCACUGUAGUGUUGAUGUGAUAUUACAGAAAUGAUGCAGCAGUUGCUGUUCAUUAUUACUCCCUGAAUUUCAUGAAUGUAUAACCUGCUUUAUUUCACUUUCAGUUGGAUUUUAUCUACGGGUUCUCAGCCAAAUUGUGUCCACUUAAAAGAAAACAAAGUAAAUUGGCCAAACUCUUCUGUUUUAAAAGCAGUGCAGGGGUUGUUUUGAUUGCUCUGAAAUUACGUUUGUUUCAGGUUAGAGAGUGGGAAGUGCACAUAAGUUAUUAACUGAGAAGAAAAGCCCCACUGACAUUGAAAGUUCUAUUUUUACCAUUAAUCUGAAAGCAGAAACUGAGAGGAGUGCUGAAAUCUGGCUACUGAAUGUGUCUUUCAAACCAGGUAUUAAAAGAUCUGUUGCAGAGUUUUGCUUCUGAUCAUAGGAAAAAAUUAAUUUCUUGAUCAAAAGAUUGGGCCAAAAUGUGCAGUUGUUUCCCUCUCUUUAUUUUCAAGACAUUGCAGCCUCAGCAUAAGAUUCUUGCCAGUGUUCUCUACUUUUAUUUUGGCAUCUGCCUGGCUCCAAAAGAGCCCCUCUGAUAGUAGGAAUGCUUUUGUACCAAUUGCACCAACCGAAGUGGGAGAUGAAAGGAAUGAUGAUGGCUUUUAACUUUCACACUGUCACUUUCAAAACACUUAGUAUUAAAAAUAGGAAAAGCAAGGUAAGGCAGGUAAACUCAUAAUAUUUAACUCUGCUAGUUCCUUUUAAUAUUUGAUAAGCCUGGACUGCAGCUCCUUGAGAAUGAACUUUAUUGCUGCUAAUGGAUGCACCGGAACCAUGGCAGGCAAGGAGGAUUAUCUGUCCCUAUUGUGCCUGGCAUUGCAUCAGGUUUCCAAACAAUAAGGGAUUUUGGAGAUUCAUGGCUCAGAGGGUUGGGAAUGGGGUGUUGAACCUUUUUAUCUCCAGCUUGUACCGGUUCAAGUCCAGCUGCUGGAGCAGUGACCAAAAGUUCACAUCUCAGUAAUGUGAGCAAGUCCAGCCUAACACCCUGCACUGGGUUGUAGAGCUUGUAGUGCUUCCUCCUGGUUGUAUCUGUGGAGUAGGGACAAGCUGUGGGGUGUGAGCAGGAGCUCGAGUCUCUUGGCCCCUGUGGAGGGAAGAUCAGCCAUUCCAAUCUUUGAGCUCUCCAGUGUUGAGACAGGGCAGACUGGCAGGUUUUAACAUAAAUCUUCCGUUUUCUGACAUGAAAUCAGGAUCUCAAAACUGUUUUCUUUAUAAAAAAACAAAAGAGAAUUAGUAUUGUUCACUACACUUGUAAGUUGGUCUAAACCAAUGUCCUUCCCCACUGAAUUUUUACAGUAAUAUUUUCUAAGGUAAUCUAGAGUAUAUUUUAGUUGCAAUCUAUAUUAAGGCAAAUUAUUUGUUCUGUCUGUUGCUGUGACUGAAGAGAAUUAUGAAAGACUUUGUUGGUAACAAGAAUGCUAUUUAAUGAAGAAAUGUGUAAUUCCAUUAUUUAUUGUUUGAGGUUUGUUUUUUGGUUAUUUCUUUUAAGUAACUGACAUCUAAAAGGGAACACACAUAUGUUUCAGGCCAGUAAAAAGCCUUUCUUAAAUUAAUUUUCAUCCUUUCCUCUCCCCAGGGUGGAGGGAAGCCCUCACCCUUUUAUUGCAAUGCUAAGCCAUCUCUUGUAGCUGGUUUCUUACCUUAAUUCAAUUAAUAUCAAUUAUUCAUUGAUAAUCCUACCCAAAUUUCAGUAAGGGGGAAUUUGGCCUUUCUUUUAUUAUUUUCAAUAUUGUGCACAAAUACUUUGAAGAACAAACUGACCUUUGUUUUUCAUUUGGACUAGAAUGUGGAAGGAGAAGUGCAUAAUAGAGACUUGUGAUGUAGCCUCAUUUCGUUACCUUAAAAUUCACGGUUGAACACUUUUAAUAAACCUUAAAAAAUUGGCAAACACACCAAAGAAUCAAUAUGAGUAAAAGACUCUGAUCAUUAACAAACUGCAAACCUCAUCCUUUAAAACAAAGCAGAAAGUUUUUGUAAAUAUUUAUGUUUAUAAAUGUACAGCAGAGUAAGAGUGUUUUUUAGAUUAUUUAAUUACCAUAUUUCUAAACUAUUUACAUUAUAGACAAUACUUGUUAGUUUGAAAAGCUCAAGUGGGUUUUUUGUUUUGUUUUGGGUUUGUUUUCUUUUUUUUUUUUUUUUUUUUUUUUUUUUUAAAUUCACUAUCACUCAUGCUUGGAAUAACUCUGGCUUCCUUGGAAUAGCGUGGAAAAUUCGGUUUUCUGGCUGUGGUUGGCAAUCAUAGGAGAACACAUCUGGACAAACUCUUCAGAUAAAUAUCCAGAGGCAAAAGAAAAGAUGUGGCAUCUUUACCAGGAUGGGCUGGUUUGGAGGAAAAAACCUGCCCACAAGUGCAGCUUCCAUGCAAUGCUGUGGUACCAAUACCAUCAUGUAUUUUGUUCUUCCUUUGCAAUGUAAGUUUUUGCGUUGGGUCAAUUUGAAUUUAAAAAAAGAAAAAAAAAAAAAAAGUUAAACCUGGUUAAAACCUAUUUUUGGUUUAUGUUCUGUUUAUUUCUAAUGUAAUGUUUUAAUAACAUAAUACCACUUUACACA